UGUACAGAAGAAGCGUCCAAGGAGAGCAAACGCCGUGAGACCCGUGUGUUUUCGUAGCAAUUUAUGGUAAUAAAUCCACAAAUCUAACAAAUAAACAAUUGCACCCCCCACAAAACAAACACAAACAAAAUGCCGAUGCUUUGCAAUGUGUGCGUGCACGACGAGAAAUUGAGAAGUUAAGUGGACGUAUAAAAUGAAAGUUGUGUUGUAGUUGUCGCUCCGUGAGAAGAUUGGUGCGAAACGCAGAGAGAAAAUUUUUUUUGCAAAGCAAGCGUCGAAUCGAAGUCGAAGGUGAAAUGAAAAUUCAUUCAAAUUAAAAGCCAAAUCAGAUGACACUAGCCACUGUGGAACAGGCACAACAAUAACAAAUUCUAAGCGAAAGUGAAACCAAUUCUGUUAAAAACGUAAAUUGGCGUUGUUUUUGUGGCUGCGCUACCUCAAUUACCGCCCGCCCGCGCUCCCGACAACCCGUCCCCGUUACUUUCGUAGGUCGCGCGCUCGCGUGUGUGUGUGUGUUUGAGUGCGCGUGUCGCAAAAAAUGUUCCACAAGGGCAGCUGCUGCUGGUGAGAGACCAGACCCAGAGUCUAUAAGCAAGUGAGCUAUAAUUAGCCUCUACGGCCGCCCACAUCUACCAACCACACCCACGCGGAUACCAUAACGGAAGAGACAUACCCCCACAAAAAUGGAUUUGGACUUGGAUCAUCAUCUGAAGAACGACUUUCUGCCGCUCAUAGCCGGAAUCAAACAGGAGCUAUUGGACACGGGCCCGUCGGAUGGCAUGCCGCAGAUGAAUAUGCAGAGCACGUCAACGGCCAGCAGCGGUGCCGCCGCCACCACAUCCACGUCCUCGUCCAGCACAUCCUCCGUGGGCAAUCCCUGUGACAGCGCCGAGAAGCGGUCGGAGUCCAAUUCAUCGGCCUCGGCCAAGUUCACGCUGUUCAAGUGCGUCUACUGUGCCCAGCUGCUGGGCUCCAAUGACCGACCCAAGCUGCUGGAGUGCCUCCAUGUCGCCUGUUCCCAGUGCGUGAGCACAAAGUUCUCGGAACUGGACCGCUCCCUGCCGCCGCUGAUACACUGUCCGGUGUGCGAUAAUGCCUCACAGAACGAGUUCAUUGUGGAUAAUCAGUUCCUGAUCGAACAGUGUGCCGCCGGCGAUAGCGGCGAUGGCAGCGGCUCAGAUCUCGGACAGAAGAGCGCCGCAGCCAUUGUGCAGUGCAGCAGCUGCUCGGACGGAGCAGCGGCCACGUCGUGGUGCGUGGACUGCUCGGAGUAUAUAUGCGACAGUUGUGUGCAGGCACAUCAGCGCCUCAAGAUCACCAAGGACCACACGAUCAAGCCAAAGGACGAGGCCAAUAACGAACAGCUGGCCGGCACGGCCGGCGUUGAUAAGCUGCACAUGUGCCAGCUGCACACCCAGGAGAAGCUCUCACUCUUCUGCGAGACCUGCGACAAGCUCACCUGUCGCGACUGCCAGCUGAGCGAUCAUCGGGAUCACAAGUACAAGUUUGCCCACGAAAUUGCCACAGAGUCAAGGCAGGCGCUCUCCACGCUCGUCUCUGAGAUCAACUACAAGCGUUUUCUGCUAUCGUCGGCCACAAAGGUGAUUGACGAUCGGCAGCAGCUGAUACACGACAAGAAGAAGGACCUUAUAAAGGAGAUCACCGCCAUGGCGGUGAAGAUCACCAAUACGGUCAAUACGCGCGGCAAGCAGUUGAUCAUGCGCCUCAACGAAGUCUGCGACAGCAAACUGAAGGUCCUCGUGGAGAAAAAGGAGACGCUCCAGCUGCUCUCUGACAACACGGAUCACUGCAUCGAGUUCAUGCAGAAUGCCCUCGACAAAGGCAGCGAUUUUGCGAUACUCUCCAGUAAAAAGUCGCUGGUGCGGCAUCUGCAGAAGCUCAAGUGCCAGCGGGCGGAUAUACCCAAUCCAGAGAUACCCGUGCGCAUCCAAGUGCAGCUCAAUCAGGUGUCCGAUCUGCAGAAGGUCAUCUCACAGCUGGGCAUCAUCAUUGUCGAUGGCAAGCCGUAUCCGCCGACAGCAUCGCCAAAUGGCACGCCCCAACCACCGCCGCGACAGCCGCCCAGCCCGAAUAUGGCGCCACCAUUGCGUCCAGGCCUGCCACCGGGCAUGAACGCAGGACUCUCGCCCAACGGUCCGCCCGUAAACUUUGGGCCACAGAAUGGUCCGCCCAUGUACAGCAGUGCCGCGGCCCAGCAGCAGUUCAACAAUCUCUCUGCAAUGAGUCGAUCCUUUCCGGGCGAUGGACCAGGUAAGGUUCGCUUUGGGGGCAUGCCGCCAGUGGGCAUGCAACGACACGGCCAGCCGCAUGUAAGCUCCUCCACACAUCCGCAGAAUAUGGACAUCAGCCUGCGGGGCCUGCUGAACAAUCAGGCAGCCCAGAGUCCCAAUGCCGGGCACAUGGGAUUCAAUGGCCCGCCCAGCUAUCCGGGUGGACCGCAGGGCGGCCCCUCGCCCGCCCAUCAGCAGAUGGGGGGACCGCAGAUGAGACCGCAUUUCAUGGGCGGCCAGCAGGGUUUCUCGCAGGGUGGCGGCGGUGGACCAGGAGGCGGGCCCAGGGACAACAACUUCAUGAGCAGCAAUGCAGCACGCUUUCAGUCGCAGUACCAGCGCAUGGCGAGCCAUGCCCAGCAGGCGGCCGUAGCUGCCAUGGCCGGGGCAGGUGGUGGAGGCGGGCAGAUACCGUCGCCCGGAUCACUGCAGCGCCCACAAAUGAUGCAAAAUCCCAUGCAGAAUUCGUUGGGGUUUCAUGGGAGCCAGGCUGGCUUUAAUACCGGCCCACCGCAAACGUCGCCGCAGUUAGGCGGCGGCAUGCACAGCCUGGCCAAGUGGCACAUACCGCAAUCCGCGCAGCAGUCGAACAUGUGCUCACAGCAGGGUCCCCUUUUGCCGUUUGCCAAUGGCCGCCAGACAUCGGAAAAUUUUAAAAUCUCUUUGAAAUCUCCCAACACGCUCAAAAACAGUACACCGCCCAGCUUGGGAUUAGGCGGCCCGGGUAUGCCGGGCCUUGGCAAUGGUGCGUUGGUUAACGCGCAACUAAAUGCCGCCGCACUAGGGCUUGGCCCCGCCGUUUCAAUACUCUCCAAUGUCACCUCGACAAAUCCAAAGACGCCCAGUCCCAGCACUCAUGAGAACACCAAGGACUUUACCGAGCCCAUUGACAAGGUGCGCGAUGACUCCAUAAACGAUCUGAUAGCAACUAUUGCCAAGCUGGACUCCAAUGGGGUGCAAGUGCUGCCGGAGGGCCGUACAAAGACCACCUCGCCGCAGGUGCACAGCUCCACGGACCUGUCCAAUACGCAAGAAGUUAAUAAUAAAAACGAACAAAAAGAUGACCCCAAUGAGGAUUGGUGCGCCGUUUGCCUGGAUGGCGGCGAGCUCAUGUGCUGCGACAAAUGCCCCAAGGUGUUCCAUCAGAACUGUCACAUACCCGCGAUCAGUUCGCUGCCGGACGAGAGCGAGAGCUGGCAGUGUCUGCUGUGCGUUAAUCUCAAGGAGCUGACCAAGAACGAGGGCACCACCGCCACCGACAAGUCGUCCCAUCCGGGUGAGCUGAGCAGCCUGGAGCUGAGGAUAUUGCAGCGCAUUUGCCUGGAACUGUACUGCCAGUACGAGCAGAGUCUCAACUUCCGUGAACCGGAGUCACCGGCCAACACUUCCUACUACGAGAUUGUGUCCAGUCCCAUGUCCCUGGAUGUGAUACGCACGCGUUUGGAUCCCUCCAGUCCCAAUCACUACAAGGAUAUUGCUGGUUUUGUGACAGAUGUGCGUUUGAUAUUCUCCAACACAUAUCUGUUCUAUCAGGAGGACACGAAAACGUACACCAAUGCCAAAUACUUGGAGAAUUUCUUUGAGGAGCAACUGGCCAAAUGGCUGCCCAAUUUCGAGGGCAAGUUGUCUGGCAAGGGCAGCAGCGCCUCCAGUUCGCCCGCUCUGCUAGCGGCAGCGGCGGCGGCCAAUGCGGCUGGUUCGCCAUCACCCAUCGAGAAUGGACGCAAGAGCUGCGGCUCGGCCUCGUUGGGUGACAAUGAUGGUGCCUGCUUGCCGGCCAAACGGGCGCGACGGACACUGCACGAAUAGGACGAGCUUUUGCCCGGUCACAAGGGCAACGACGAGCAGCAGCCGGGGCCGACGGCGCAGCAUUUAGGUGUGGGACAGCCAGGGCAGCAGCAGCAGCAUACGAGUUUUGACCUGGAGGCAGAGCUGGAUUUCGAUAUGCUGCAGCGGUCACAGGGUCUGGGCAGCACCGUCAUACAGGAGAGCGCCGACUAUGUGCUGCAGCUACUGCAUGCAUAUGCCGCUGCUUUUGGACUUUAAAAAUGCCACAAAGCUACACAUAUCCCCCGUACGACCUCCCGUACUCCACUCAAUCCGUAGUCUUCACUGUAUAUUGUGAAUACUCGAGCCGUUAGCUUCCACCCCGAAACAUGAGAUACAAGACGACGGCACUCCUAAGCUAGCUCUCUAACGAACAAAACCGACAUAGGUAUUCCCUCUUUUAAUGUCUAGUGUUUAACUGCAUCUGUAAAUAGCCGACGCCAAGUCAUUUGAUAUGAUUUUAUUUUGAAGUUCAAUGGUACUACAUAUAUGUAAACCCUGUCUCUCCAUUGAAGAAUUGAAACGAGAUAUGAUUAGGUACAUAAAUAAAUAAAUAAAUAAUUAUAAUCUAAGUGUUGAUUAUACAUAAAACUUUAAUUUAAAGACGAAAUGAUGAUUGAAAUAUGUAUACCCAUGUAUGUGUAAGAGAUUAAAACUAGAUAUAAUGUUUAAGUGAAUUCCAAGUAAGAGUGAAAUCAUCAUCUUUCAUCUUUAUUUGAUAGAUUUGAUAGACGACCCGAAUACCCCGUUUUGCAUUAUUAUCUCUGUUGGAGUUGUAUUUACUUUUGUGAUAGCGAAAAAACAAUAAGAUGAACAAAUUAACAAAUUAUUUACUAAAAUCAAUUAAAUUACUAUUUACUAUAAUUAUUAUCAUCAUUAUAAUUAUGUUAGAACCUCACAAAAAGCACAUCUAAAUCAUUUCGAAUUUGAUACUACAUAUACAUAUGUGUAUGAUAACCAUUGACACCGCGAUAACACAACCCCACAUACAUCAGUAGGAUCUAAUGUCCCAAGCCCUAAGAACAUCAUACAUUCUGUAUACCGUAUAAGAAGACACUCGUAAUUAAGUUUGGCUGCAUUCUGGCCAAGUUUUGCAAAUAAAUCAAACCCCUUAACUACCGAAUAAGCAACAGUAAAUACAUAGAUGUUUGAAUGUUGUACGUUUGACGUUUUUAGCAAGUACGAUUAAAUGAUUAAAGUAAUUCUUAACUAUCGAUCUGGCCGCCAAUCAUAGACGGAGACACAACUACGCAAUGCACUGCAUACACAAAAUGAUACCUCUCGACAGUGAUGUACAUAUAACCUUUGAUCACAAAACAGAUCCAAAACAGAGACAAGUUUUCAUAUAUUCAUACAUAUAAGCGGAUCGAAAGAAAACUCAAACUAAAACUAAAAACAGACACCUCAAAAUACCCUAUGGUCAAUAUUUUCUUAAACAAACACACACACAAAACAGAAAGAUAUACAUACACUUAAACUAAAUGAUAAAUAUGUAUGAUGAUGUGGCUGCUACUCCUAUCGAUGCCACAUAGAUGAAAUAAGCAUGUGGGCAAAACCCUUCAGUUAUAAAUGAAAUGAAAUGAAAUUAUAAAUCCUAUAACAAAGAUCCAUACAAAAAAAUGAAUCAACUAAUAAUGAUACUUACGAGUAUGUAAAGCGAGCAAAAAGAUAGGUAUAUACUACAUAUGUAGAGAUUGUGCGUAGCAUAGGCGUAUGUAUGUGUUUGUAUGUUGAUUGUGAAAGAAACUAUGGAAAUUAUUUUAUUUGUUUUAGAUACAUAAGUUUUAUGGUAACGAUAACUAACGUUUAAUCACUGUAUAUGGAUGUGUACUACUACUUACUAUCGAGUGGAUUAUAAAAUAAAAAAAAACAAAUGGAAAA